CGGCUGCGAAGGGCGGAGGCGGAGGCGGAGGCGGAGGCGGAGGCGGGGGCGGGGGCGGGGGCGGAGGCGGCGCUGGAAUCGCGUCAGCCGCGGACGGGCUGUGAACGGCGUCUCUUCUCACAGCGGACGGUGUGAGGUAGACGCGAGGGCGGUGGAUGUGUCUUGGCUCGACAUCCGCGUCGGCGUCAUCACCGCGGCCGAGGCGCGAGAGAUGCAGCCGAGAUGCAGCCGAGAGGCAGCCGAGAUGCAGCCGAGAUGAGAGGUCUUUGGGUGGGUGUACGAGGGGUGUACGAGGGGUGUACGAGGGCGGUGGUGUACGAGGGCGGUGGUGUAUGAGGGCGGUGGUGCGAGGGCGGUACGGCGCGGCGUCACGGCGCGUGCGGUGAGACCAGGCGCACCCGGAAAGCGACAAGCUCUACAUCGAGACCAUCGACCUCGGCGAGCCGGCCGGGCCGCGCCAGAUCCUUUCGGGCGCGCGGGAGAUGCAGCCGAGAUGCAGCGGAGAGACAGCCGAGAUGCAGCGCAGAUGCAGCGCAGGUGCAGCCGAGGUGCAGCGUCGCUUCACGGCUCGUGGCGUGCACCAGGCUUGGCGCAGCACUUGCCCAUCGACGCGGUGCGCGGCGCGCGCGUGGUUGUGCUUUGCAACUUGGGCAGCAAGAAGCUUGGCGGCGUCGAGUCGCAGGGGAUGGUGCUCUGCGCCAAGGGAGAGGGCGGCCUCUGUUUCGUCACCCCGCCCGACGGGUCGGCGCCGGGGGCCAGGGUGAGCUUCGAGGGGUUCGCGGGCGAGCCGGAGCAAAACCCGAAGAAGCUCGCCAAGAAGAAGGCGUGGGAGACAUGCAUGCCCGACCUCGCCACCGACGCCGAGGGCGUGGCCUGCUACAAGGGCGUCGCGUUCGCCACAGCCGAAGGCAAGUGUACCGCCGCCGUCAGGGGCGCGCCGAUCAGCUGAGAGGAGCUUCGGAGCGGCGCGGGCUGAUGCAAGACCGGGCCAGCGCGGUAAGGUCAGGUAAGGUCAGGUAAACAUCUCCACACAGGUGGACCAGCGCGGCUGCGCCCUCGCCCUCCAGUUCCACCCUACAGUGCGCCCACGCCGUGGCAGAGCGCAUGCAAACCUAAUAAAGUAACGCGAAACGGGAGACGCACAGCGAGGUCACCAAGCGAGGCGCGUGGCGUGUGCGUCACGUUUUUGCAGGUACCACGUGGGUUUUACCUCUCU